AAGUUAUAGCUCAAAGGGCAGAUUUGGUAUGAUAUAAGCUCCUCCUAAAGGACAAACAUUUUUCUUUCAGAAAGCAAUGUACUUAACAAGUCCAAUCUCGUUCGCUUGCCCUAGCAUGCGACUUAUCCUUUGGAACUCAUCAGCAUCGCUACUUGGCAAACUCUCUCCUCCACUUAGACCCACAAGACUCUCGACAGAGACUUACUCCUGUCAACUCCUUGGAGCUGGUAAUCAAUUUUCAAUAGCCUCAACCAUCUCGAGAUCAACUUUAAAAUAUUCAUCUGCCCAACCAAGAACAAGAGAGGAGAUAAUCAUAAACCCAUCAAACACUAUGAAAGCCCAUGGAAACCAAUCAGCAGAGAAAUAUGCAGUGGUUACAGGAGCAAACAAGGGUAUUGGCUUUGAGACAGUGAGGCAGCUUGCUUCUCGAGGAGUGACAGUGGUGCUGACUGCUAGAAAUGAAAAGAGAGGAGUGGAUGCUACUUCUAUGCUUCAUCAGAUGGGUUUAACAAAUGUUGUUUUUCAUCAACUUGAUGUUUUGGACCCAGUUAGCAUCCACUCCCUGGCGAACUUCAUCCAGAAUACAUUUGGAAGGCUUGAUAUCUUGGUGAACAAUGCUGGCGCCUCUGGAGUUGUGGUUGAUGACGAACACUUAAGGGCCUUAAAUAUAGAUCCUGAAACUUGGCUUUCAGGCAAGGCAGUCAACCUGUUACAAGAGGUGAUGAAAACAACUUAUGAGAAGGCAGAAGAAUGCUUAAACACAAAUUACUUCGGAGUCAGAAGAUUAACAGAAGCUCUCCUCCCACUUCUACAGCUUUCCACUUCAGGUGCCAGGAUAGUUAAUGUCUCUUCCCUGAGGAGUGAGCUACGAAGGAUCCGAAGUGAAGAACUGAGAAACGAACUUAAUGACGUAGAGAUACUAACAGAAGAAAAACUUGAUGCAGUAGUGGAGAGAUUCUUUAGUGAUUUGAGAGAGAAUAAACUUGAAGCUGGUGGAUGGUCAUUAAUGUUGCCGGCAUAUAGCAUCUCCAAGGCCAUCCUUAAUGCAUAUACUAGAGUCCUCGCCAGGAGGCAUCCUAAUAUGCUCAUAAACUCUGUUCAUCCUGGCUAUGUCAAUACAGAUAUAAAUUGGCACACCGGACCAUUGCCAGUGGAAGAGGGAGCUAGAGGUCCUGUCAAGUGUGCUCUUUUACCAGAUGGAGGUCCUACUGGCUGCUAUUUUGAUCAAACUGAAGUUGCAGAUUUUUGACCCUCAACCUUCCUACUCCCAGCCAGUUUCUGAUUUUAUUCAUGUAUUUGAGAUAAGUAAACACCAUUUAACAUUUUGGGGAAAAGCUUCUGUUUUCUAGAUAUUCUUAGGCCUCUUGCAAGUGCCAUGUCAUUACAUGCAAAUUGCAUUUUCAGUUAGAUCUCCAUGAGAAAAUAAAUGAACAGAACGUUACUCCAUUGAUAAA